AGAGAAGAUCAAGGGAUAUAAUUGUCAUUAUGGGAGCAAACGAUAAGGCCCUAUCCCCUCGUCUCCCUCCCCGCCUCAGAGAAGAUCUAACGCCCGCGUUUCUUUAAAUCCACCCCACACCGGUUCCCUUCGAAGAGGCCUAGGUUUGGGGGGUUGGUUGUUCCUUAAUCGGAAUCCAUGACCACGGUGGAGGGCAUCAGCGGCGGCGAUCCGAAGCGGCGUGUAUGCUUCUCUCUGGCGGCCUACGCCAAGGCGGUGAUCGACCACCUCCGGGCGUCGGGCGUCGCGGUCGAUGUCGGGCUGGACGAUUACGAGAUCGCCGCGAUCGAGGCGACGUACGGCUUUGCUUUCCCCCCCGAUCUCCGAUCCAUUCUUCGGGAGGGGCUUCCCGUCGGGAGCGGCUUCCCGAACUGGCGCUACGCCUCGCCGCAGCAGCUCGAGAUCCUCCUCCGUCUCCCCGUCUCCGGCCUCCUCCACGACGUCUCCCGCAAGGGCUUCUGGUGCGCCGCCUGGGGCUCCAAGCCCAUUGCCGGCGGAGAUGAGUCGGCGGCAGCGGCGAGGGGGAUCCUGGAGAGGGCCCCGGCCCUCGUCCCGAUUUAUCGGCAUUUUUACAUCCCGUCGGUCCCUAAUCUCGCCGGUAAUCCGGUGUUCUAUGUUCGGGGCUGCGAUGUGCGGUGCGCCGGGUUCGAUCUCGCCGAUUUUUUUCAGCGCGAAGAGGGCCAGUUCCGGCGCAAAGGAGGAGCGCCGCCGCCGCCGGCGUGGGCGGCGAGGGAGGCUAGGCGGGUGGAGGUCUGGACGGAGCUGGCGGCGGAUAGGGACACGUGUCGGGGAGGGAAGAGCCUGGAGGGAUGGCUGGGGGAGAUGGGGUGGCGGCUGAGGGAAGCGGGGUGGGGGGAGGAGGAGGUGAGGGAGAUGCUGAUGAUGGAAUCGGACGGCAAGGAGGACGGGGGAAGGGGGGAUCGGACGGUGGUGAGGGACCGGGAAGGCCUAAUCUGGCAUUUGCGGCUGCUGUCGCUGGCGCUUCUCCAGGCCGGGUGGAGCGCAGAAGACGUGGCCGAUUCGAUGAAUGGGUUGACGACAACCGCCGGAAGGUGACGUGUUAGAUGGACCCCUUCCGCAACGAGAUUUCCAUGCAGUAAUAAUUAAAUAGUUCCGACAUUUUUUUUAAAAAAAAUAGUUUCUUCACAAAUUCUGCAGAUAAAAAAAGAAAUAGAGGCAAACGGAGCAUUUAUUUAGCUCGUGAUGAAUAUAUAUUUUUUUUAUUUAAUUUUUUUUAGUUAUAUCAUUUAAUUGAUUCCAAUGAAAUAAAAUCCUUGACCGCUGGGGUGACGCGUUGAUGAUAUGAUGGACGUGGAGGGAUUUACGGGCGAGAUCGUCCGGGGAUUAGACGCCUGGGGAGGUUGGGAGGCGCGCCUGAAAAGAGUGUGAUAAAAGAGUCUGACCGUGACGUCGGAAGGGCCGUGCAAGCGGCCGGGCUACAUCCUUAUUUGAGCCGGCUUUUUUUUUUUUUUUU